AUGAAGUACUGUGGUGUAUCAACUCCGUUCCGUGGCGUAAGAGCUUAUGUACGUUCAGCACUGGGAAUGCCUGGUUCUGAGACAGCUCUUGAAGAACUCACGUGUAGAGUGUUAGGACACCUAGUUCAAGAUGGUACUGUUGCUAAAAUCGCAGAUGAUCUGUAUUGUGGCGGAAAUACACCAGAGGAGUUGCUCACAAAUUUCGAACGUGUAUUGGAAGCGCUUCAUUCAUGCAGCCUCAAUUUAUCAGCUACUAAGACUAUUAUCGCACCUAAACAAGCAUCAAUUCUCGGCUGGUUAUGGGGACAGGGGAGUAUCCGUGCAAGUCCUCAUCGUAUUUCAACGCUUUCUACAUGCCAACCGCCUAAAACUGUCACUGCUAUGCGCUCAUUCAUAGGCGCAUACAAAGUGCUUUCUCGGGUCAUUAAAAACACAUCAGAAAUACUAUCUCCUUUAGAAGAAGUCAUAGCUGGAGGUGAAUCAAAUGACUCUAUUGUUUGGACUGACGACCUAGUAAGUGCGUUUUCUAAUGCUCAAAAGGCCUUAUCUUCCAAUCGCUCAAUAACACUUCCCCGUCCGUCUGAUCAACUAUGGAUUGUAACGGAUGUUGUUUCGAAAAGCAGAGGUCUCGGGGCUACUCUUAACAUCAAUAGGAAGGAUAAGCUUCAUGUAGCUGGUUUUUUUAGCGCAAAACUCCGUCAGAACCAGAAUCGUUGGUUACCAUGUGAAAUUGGGGCCUUAUCAAUCGCUGCCUCAAUAAAGCACUUCAGUCCCUACAUUAUCCAAUCGUCCACAUCUGUUGUGCGUCAUAUUACUACUGAGGAUGUUCUUAAUGGAACCGUAAAAUGUCCGUUUACAAGUAAAUCGGCUUGGUUAUCUAUUCAAUCAGAGUGUGCUGAUCUCCGCCGUACUGUUGCGCAUCUUCGCCAAGGCACAAGACCUUCGAAGAAGCUUACAAAUGUAAAAGAUAUAAAGCGAUACUUAAACAUAGCCUCACUCUCUCGAGAUGGACUCAUUAUUGUUAAAAGGAACCUGCCGUAUAUGCCAAGUCAGGAAUGUAUUGUGGUUCCCCGACAAGUUCUCGACGGACUUUUGACCUCUAUACAUAUAAAGUUGGGACACCCUUCCGUCAGCCAAUUAAAAUCCGUCGUACAGAGGUACUUUAAUGCUUUGGAUAUGGACAAAUCAUUAGACAUGGUCACUAAAGGUUGCCAUCAGUGUGCAUCCCUGGCAAAAGCACAAAAAAUGCGGGAUGAGCAAAGCUCCGAAGAUCCACCGGAAACUGUUGGAUUGGCUUUUGCUGCCGAUGUAAUGAAGCGGGAACGUCAACUCGUUUUAGUAGUUCGAGAAUGUGUUACCUCGUUUACAUUCACAAAGUUGCUAGAAAGUGAGCGUCAUCAUGACUUACGGGAUGCUAUCAUACAAUUAUUGGCAGAGGUUCACCCGCUGGAUGGUCCGUACGCUGUGAUUAGAACCGAUCCAGCUCCAGGUUUCAAAGCAUUGGUAGAUGACCAGUUGUUAGCACGACACCAUAUAUCAAUAGAGUUAGGACGUGCCAAAAAUCUCAACAAAAACCCGGUCGCUGAAAAGGCUAUACAGGAAUUGGAGGGUGAAAUUCUUAGAGCAAACUCAUCACCUCAUCAAAUACUAACUCCCAUGAAUCUCGCGAUAGUAACCGCCCGUCUUAACACGCGCAUUCGCAAACGAGGCUUAUCUUCCAGAGAAAUGUGGAUGCAAAGAGAUCAGUUCUCAAAUAGACAAAUUCCUGUAGAAGAUCAAAAAUUAAUAUCAUCUCAACAAAUUCAAAGAUCGACAAAUCAUGUACAAAGUGAAAAAGCAAAAUGCCCUUCAAAUCAAACUCCGGUUACUCCUGAUUUAAAAGUAGGCGAUAUUGUUUAUCUUCGAAAAGACCUCAACAAAACAAAUGCUCGAGAAAGAUACAUUGUAGUGACCUUGGAGUUUCCAUGGUGUAAUAUUCGUAAAUUUAUAGGUAACCAGCUCAGGAACAAUUCCUAUCGUGUUAAGUGUUCCGAUUGCUUCAAAGUAACGACACAUUUCAAAGCUUCUACGAAAGAAUCCCCGAUUGAGUUCGACUCUGACGAAGAGAGCGAAAGGAAUAAGCAAGAGUGUGUUGAUCUACAUCCAUUUUACUGGCGAAUAUUCUGUUUUCUGCUGCAUGUGAUAUUCACAUCUUUCAUAAACAAAAAUGAAACAGUUGAUAGUUGUUGCGAAUUGAAAUGA